GGCUGUUACCUGAUAGCCUAAGUGGCCUCCCAUUGUACCAGAAUGAAACAGCUUAUGAUUUUUUGUCUUAACUGUGCAUCAUUUCCAACUACCAGCCUACCUUCCUUCUGAACUGCUGAUCCGCAGAAGAGUAUUCUUGCCUGCAACUAGGAUUGUCCUGCACUUUGCAAUUGUUGAAUUUUGGCCCAAGAUUCCUUAAUCUCAGAGACUAAUCCAGUUGAUAUGAUAGAAAUACAUGGUGCUGCAUCAGUCAUCAUAACUCAUAGGAAGUUUUUCUCUAAUGCAAUCUUUUCAUCUUAGCUUGAUUUGCAAAAGCAUGAACAGUUGAACUUCUUCUUCGAUUGAUGUUUGUGAUUUUGGGUUGUCAGAAUUAAAGUACAAUACUUUCCUCUCAUCAACUUCAACUUCAGGAACUGUGAGUAACUUGGAACCAGAACUGCUCAGCAAUGAGAGCUCAAAUGUAUUUCAAAUCUUAGUUUAAACCCUUUUGAGAUGUCUCUGAAUCUCUGAUUUUGAGUUGUCUUUUUUAUGUUAGCCUGAAUGGAUAGCGCCAGAACUGCUUUGCAAAAAGCCCUCAAAUGAAAAGUGAGUACGUAGUUCAUUACCGCCUUUAUAGAUCAUUUAAAUGAGAGUUCUUUGCAGCUCUUUCUGCUACAGCUUUGAAUUGGAUUUCAAUUUCAAUGAUGCCAAAAUAUGAGGAUAACCAGCAAAUAACUAAUUUAAAUCUUUGGACUGGAUUCGUAGGUGUGAUGUUUAUAGCUUUGGAGUCAUCCUGUGGGAGCUUGCUACUCUGAGGGUGCCUUGGGAAGCCAUGGAUCGAAUGCAAGUUAUCGAAGCAGUUGGUUCUGAAAAUCGACGCCUUGACAUCCCCAAGGAGGUUGACCCACUGGUAGCGAGGAUUAUUCAGAAAUGUUGGCAGAAUAAUCCAGAAGCGCGGCCCUCAUUUGCUGAGCUCAUAGCAGAGUUAAAACACUUGCAGCGGCUUGUUAUCUCGUGACAUCAGAAUCAACCAACCAAAGAUUACUGGUUGGUUGGUUUACCUCUUGGGCCCAUCCAUUGAUUUGCUCGUUGAUUUUUUGGGGGACAAGUGUAAUAUCAUAAAUCCAAACUUACCGUUAAUUUUGUUUUUCUUAAAUCAAACAUACAAUAAAGUUGUAAAUAUUUG